AUGGGACACAUUUUCCACUCACAUUUCAGCAUCUUCUCCAGGAGGGGGCGGAGCUACGGGCGCUGGAAGAGGGAUGCUGAGGCUGGGCAGUGGCAGUCAGUCAUGGUGGACCCUUCGGAGGCAGAGGAGCAGACCAAGUGCAAAAGUCUGAGCGUGGCAGCUGAGGACCCUCGAGUCGGCGACCACAACACAGACGAUGGCGACGGGACAGCCGAGGAGGACGCCUGUUUCCAAACUCCUCCCACUGGCAGCGCGGAACCCAGUCCCUGCCACACCAUAUCCAUCCCGGAAACCCCCUCUCCUCAAAUGGUCCCGUCACCACAACCGCCACCCCAAAGCGAGCGAGAUGUAGCUCCAAAACUCCACUUGGAUCUGUACAACUUCGACUCGCCUGCUGCAGAGGGAAGCCGCUAUGUCUUGACCAGUCCACGCUCUCUGGAGGCCUGUGCGAGAUGCGGGCUCUCUGGCAUCAAAAGGUUCAAGGACAAAAUCUACCGAACAAGUCAGACUGACGCGGCAAAGAUCUUCGGGGCCUCCCCCAGUUUCGAGGAAGUCCUCUGGGGGUAA